AAUGAUGAUCCAGCUCCAUGUCAUUGCCCAGCCUGCCAUGGAUUACAUCUUAUACUGGCUAUGGAUACAAAUACUGCAAAACUGGAUCCAGGUGGCCGUUAUCCUGGCACUGUGCCAUCUGAUAGAUAUAAAGCCCCGUGGCUCUCUGCUGUCUAUGCUAAGGAAUAUCGUGGACAGUAAAACACUGAAAUGUCCCGUGCAGGAAUCCAGCAGCCCAAGGAGCACGGCUGUCAGCGUGGAAGAAACAUGGCAACACGCUGAAGUGAGUGAAAAUAAAACUCCAAUAAUCAGAGAGCAUGGUGGUCCAAAUGCUGUAAGAGCUGAAGGGAAGGAGACCAGAGUGGAAGACGCCAAGAAUUUGAAGACACGACCUGAGGGCAUUAAGAGGGAAGAAACGACAAGUGCUGAACAUUCUGGAAAUGUGGCUAUCUCUACUUUCCCCCCAAAAAGCCCAUCGAGCACUCGUUCAAAGCGACGCAGAAGGAGAAGAAAGAAGCAAUCUCUGACUGAUGAUAGCUUUGUAUCUCAGGUCCAUGAAACGUCACACACCAAGAUUACUGACCGCCUGAGGGCUCUGUCAGCAGUAAAGUUUGGUAACCGAUUUAUUUUCUUGUUUAUCAUUAUUUCGAUGGUGUUCGUCUUUGAUAACGCAAACUGCUCUCCAACACCCAGUGUAAAGUCUGUAAAUCAGAAAUAUGAAUUCUGCAACAGUUCUGUGAACCUGGAAAACAGACACAUGAUUGUUAUCAUGCAUAUGAAGACCGUUUGCAGUUCCGAGCAAACAAUAUUUAAGUGUCAAUUAAAAGGUUUUACAGCGUACCUUCACAAUGAGUCGUGCGUUUACAUGCAAACACCAGACUGGGUCAUUAAAACUUAUCACCUCGAAUAUGGAAAUAGAGGGGAAUUGAUUAAAUCUACACCCGUAGAUCAAUUUAAUGAGAAUGCCUCCGUGAUACCGGGGACCAAUAAGAUGACUGAUUUGGCUCUCAGCAACCAAACAGUCUCCAGAAAUCAGACGGAGACCAGCCGCCAUUCCCUUCCUCAAUUGGCAAUCCGUUUAGUUAUUAUACUCGUUGCACUGAUCCUGUCUGCGGCAGUCUGCUGCUGUCUCUGGGUGGAGUACAAUCAAGUUACCAGAUCAGAUGAUCUGAACGGGCAACAUUCUGUGGAAGGAGAAGCCCAGUCACCAGCCUCCGAUGAACGCCUUACCAAUAACACUGGCCAGAAUGGGAUCGGUGGAAUAGAAUGUGACUCUGUAUAGAAUACCGAGUGAAACUCUGGGCUCGCAUGAACGAGUUUUUAU